AUGAACAAAAAUAGGCCUGUACUUCAAGAACUACUUGCAUUCUAUAAAUUACCUCAAAAAUUUGCUGUUUGCGAAACUGCAUUAAUAAAUCAAAGUAAUGAAAAAAUUGGUGGUAAAGAAAAAAUUGUAGAAAUUGAUGAAAGUCUAUUUG